CCAAAAUGUGAAGCCUAAAGGCAAAAUGGAAAUUUUUUCAUGCCCCAAUUUUCCCGUCCCCAAGGAAGGCAUUUUGUUUUCCCCCUUUGAAUAAUUCCCCCAGGUGGGCACUUUUAAAGAGAGUCACGCUUUUACUCGUUCGACUGCUUGGAAAUAAUUGUGUAUCCCCCGAAUCAACACAAUCGCAUAUUUUGUCUGAAUGUCUAUAUGUAUACACAUUUAUAUGCAAAAAAGAGGGCAGUUAAUCCAUGUUCUCCAUUAUGCCACGUAAUUUCCCCCAUGUAUGAAAUACUUUAAAAUGGAAGAUUUAGCCAAAAGCGGAAUCUACAGCAAACAGUUCUCCCUCAGCCAAAACAAGCACAACAGCGAAAGGUUGCAGAGACUUGAAAAGAGACUCAGCGGGCUACACUUCAGCAUCGAAUUGCAGAAAAAUGAAAAGAUUGACAAACUAAACGAGAAGAUCAACCUGCUGGAGGAAAAACUGGUAGAAAUGAACGAAAACUCAAAUAGGACCUUCGAAAAAUUAAAUGAAAAGCUGAACGACAUCAAAGUGGACGUCAAUAAUUACAAGACUGAAUUGGAAGAGUUCAAAAAUGACCACAGGAAAAAAUUAGAAAUACUCCAGAAGAAGGCUGAAGAAUUCAUAGACAAAGAAAAGGAAGAAUGGAACAAACUCAAAAUAAAAUUAAUAAAAGACUUUCAAAAUAAGACUACCUUACUGAAGUACUACAUCACGGAAGAAAUGACCGAGGAGUACGGACUGUUGCAAGAAAAGGAAGAAUCGCUCAGAAGAUUUUACGACAAUGAAAUUGCGAACCUCAAAUCGGUUGUUCAAAAUGAAAUAAACGAGAGAAUCAAAACAGAAAAGAUUAUCCUACGGGACGUCGAUGAUAAAGUGAACGAAAUUAUUAAAAUAAUUAAAAAUGAGAAAAUCACCAGGGAAAACUACUCGGAAAAUCUGGUGUCCCUCAUCGAGCAGUACUUUUCGCGAAUAAAAAAGGAAAUUGAUAAUGAACGGCUCGAACGGGAAGACACGGAAGAAACGCUGGUUCAUUUGAUGGAAGAAGCUCUCGAUAAAAUUGGAAUUCCAUUCGCAU